CGGGUUUAUCGUCACCGGUCCGUGCCGACUGCCGCGUCUCCCGGCGCUGGUUUCCUUUUUCCCCUGCCGCCCAACGGCUGCGAAACCGACAUGUUUGGAUGUUUAAAGCGGCUGCCGAGUGGAAUAUAAACUAGAGCUGAAGGAAUUAAAGGGCUUCAAUCAAAAUCAAGAAUAUGAGAGAAAAGAGAAAUGAUUCUGUAGACUUCGUCAAGGAUUUUCAAGAGUAUCUCACUCAACAAACACAGCAUGUAAACAUGAUUUCUGGUUCGGUUUGCAAUGAAAAGGAACCAGAAUUACUUCAACCUGCUGGAACAGAAAAUCAUCAAAAUGGAAUCCAUCAUGCUUCUGUUGAAGUUUCCCUUGAUGAUGGCUCUGGGAUGAUAGGAGAAGGGCCAGAAAGAACAGCUGAUGGAAAGUUGAAGUGUCAGUUUUGUAGCUAUGCAAGCAAAGGAAUAGCACGACUAAUGGAGCACACCAGAAUGCACACAGGUGAGAAGCCCCAUAGAUGCCAUUUAUGUCCAUUUGCUUCAGCUUAUGAGCGUCACCUUGAAGCACACAUGCGCUCACAUAGAGGUGAAAAACCAUACAAAUGUGAGCUUUGCUCAUUCCGUUGCAGUGAUCAAAGUAACUUAUCUCACCAUCGUAGACGCAGACAUAAACUUCUUCCACUGAAAGGACGCAGGACGUCAUUAACCAAUAAAAGAAUGAUGGGAAUCUUGCAGAAAAAGUCCAGCUACUCCCUGAGUUAUGGAAGAAGACCAAUGAUUAAUUUCAGUCCUCCGCCAAUGAUGGUGCAGAAGACAGAUUACCUUGAUGAGUUUUCUCAUAACAUAUCAGCUGAAACUUAUGAGGGUCUGGGAAAGGCACAGACUAGUGGAAUCUCAAGGGAUGUACAGGACAUGGUUGAUAAUCCAUUAAACCAGCUAUCUGCCUUAGCUGGCCAGCUUUCCAGCCUUGCAAAUGAUGACCAAGCGCCAGCAUCUUCAGAUGUGGCAACCUGCAGGGAUGAAAAACCAUAUGUGAUACAACAGUCUAUAGCACCAACAGUUACCACUGUGGUUUCCAGUGUGGCACAGAGCUCAUCCAAUGCUAGCCCUGAUAGGCAUCCAGUGCAUCAGAGAAACUUCAGUCCUGUAGCAGGUCCGAGUAGUGAGCGCAGUGCUCACAUGAGCUCACCCUGCAUGACGAACAGCCAACCUAGCACCCCUACUCCUCCAAUUCAAGUCCAGGAUCCCCAGCUUUUGCAUCAUUGCCAACACUGUGAUAUGUAUUUUGCAGACAAUAUCCUUUACACCAUUCAUAUGGGGUGCCAUGGUUAUGAGAACCCAUUUCAAUGUAACAUAUGUGGAUGCAAAUGUAAAAACCAAUAUGACUUCGCUUGUCAUUUUGCCAGAGGUCAGCACAAGCAAAUUUAAUGUCAUUUGUAUUAAUAAAGCAUUUAAAAAUUAA